AUGGCUAAAGCCAAACCUUCUGUGGCCCGGCCACGCAAAAGGGGACGCCCACGCACCGUUAUAACUGAUCACCAAGACCCGGAAGAGAAACGUCGCAACCAGGUUCGGCUAGCGCAGCAAGCCUAUCGUCGGCGCAAGGAGACUACGAUCACUAGUCUACAAACCCGAGUGCAAGAACUAGAGUCGGGAAUCGAGGAGAUUAUCAAAUCCUUCCUAUCUUUCAGCAAUCUCCUCAUAGAGGGCGAAGAUUUCAAGCAAUAUCCCCGUGUGCUCUACGCUCUCCAAAAAGUGACGCAGCAAUGCGUGUCACUCGCCAAAAGCGGAUGUGACGAAUCGGAGCCCGAUCAAGUGGAUCCUGCUACUAACGCGACAAAUAACGCCCCUGGAGAAGGUGUUACAAGAGGCGUAGAGCUGGAUCCCAAUUUAAACAUCAAACAACACGAUGCCUUCCCGAUAGUUGAACCAAGGACUCAGUCCUCCGUCGCAGCAGCGUCCCAGUUGCCCGUUUCACAGACCCCCAGAGUGCAAUCUUCUCAUGGGCAAGCCAUUCACCCGUUUGAAAUCGCCCUAACAUCACCUACUAUGCAGUUCUCGACUUCAAGUCCGCCUUUACUUAACUCACCGAUCGUCAGAUCUACCGGGAACGUUAUCAGGGAAGGACAUUACGCGCUCUCCCAUAGCCUUGUUCGAGAGUGCUACGAAAACGGAUAUCAGUUGCUAAUAAGUUCAUCUGAUGGUGACACAAGGAUUCAGGAAAUCUUCGGCCGACAACUGACCACCCUCGAGCGUACACACAUGAUUUCUGUAUUUUACGCUGCCGUGCACAAGGAAGAUGGUGAGAUGAUUGAGCUCGAGACCCAAGUACCCAGCUCUUUCUAUCCUAAGAAGGACGCAUACUAUCCAGAACAGAUCGCACUAUCCAGAAGAUGGCAUAUAGCAAUUGAGUCUGGUGCUGAUGACUGGCUGGAUGCGAGUGGCGUGCAGAAACUUUUGCAGGAGAAAGGACUUAUUAUUCAGGGUAAUGGUUUUAUGCAUUCUAGCCCGCAAGUCACUUCCUGGUUGAAAUUUAAUGCGGCUGCCUUUAUCAGACUCCUCUCUCUUGGGCCCACUUGCGUUGGCCGUGGGCCAAUAUUCCGAAAACGGGAUGUUGAAAAUGCGUUACACCUCACCACUUCAAGAAAUCUCUAG